AUGCACACGACGCACCCGCCACCCCUCGCCGAAAACCUCACAUCCACGCCCCAGUCGCCCUCGUCCGGCCCGGCGCCCAGCUUGACGCCCCAGCCCAUGCGCUCCACGACGCGCACCGCGUUGCCGUCGUGGCAACCGCACCACGACGCCGCGCCGCCCCCCCAGCAGCAGCAGCAGCGAGGGCACGCCCGCGUCCGCGUCCGGUACACGCGCGGCGCCGGCUUGGCGGCGUCGGCGGCCACGAAGCUCGGGCACGUCGAGAAGCCCAUCCGCGGCCCGCACGGCUCCGUCACCGCCGCCCACAUGUGCCCGCAGUCCUUGUGCUGGAAGUAG